AUGGCGCUGGACGGCAACGCCUUGAUGGCCGCCAGGAGAAAGGCCGCCGCCGCCGCCGCAGCCACCCGGCAGGUCCGACCGCUACCCGCCUCGGCCCUCUUCCGGCCUCGAGGGAUGCGCUGCCUGUCAUCGUCAUCGUCGUCGUCGUCUUCGGCCUUUUCCGUACCGGCCCACCCGGGGUCCAGCCCCACUCCUAGCACUGCCACUGCCACCGCCGCUGUCGCUACUGCUACUGCGCGGCCGAGCCGGUAUCCGCUGCGGUUGUCGUCGCAGUUCGUGCCGACGUUGCGGGCCGAGUCGGUGGCUCCGGACGUCGACCUGGCCAGCCUUUCGCUCCUCCUUCGCGGCGGCUACAUCCGCCAGUCGUCCUCGGGCGUCUACACGCUCCUCCCAAAUGGCCUCCGCAUGGUAUCCAAGAUCGAGGCCGUCAUCCGCGACGAGAUGCUCGCCAUCGGCGCAUCCCACCUCGCCAUGCCCACCCUCCUCUCGUCGGCCCUCUGGAGAAAGACGGGCCGCUUCCAAAUCAUGGGCUCCGAGCUCUACAAGGUCAAGGACCGCAAGGACGCCGAGUUUGUCCUCGCACCCACCCACGAGGAGGAGGUCACCAGGCUCGUCGCAAACGAGGUCGAGAGCGAGGCCGCCCUGCCCGUCCGCGUGUUUCAGAUCACCCGCAAGCACCGCGACGAGCCGCGACCGCGCAUGGGCCUGCUGCGGACGCGCGAGUUCCUCAUGAAGGACCUGUACACGUUUGACGCCGACCUGGCCUCGGCCUCGGCGACGUACGAUGCGGUGCGGGGCGCCUACACGCGCAUCUUUGACCGCAUCUUUGGCGCGCGCGGCUGGAAGAGCGCAGAGGCCGACACGGGCGCCAUUGGCGGCAGCCGCUCCCACGAGUACCACAUCGAGGACGGCGCCGGCGAAGACACGCUCCUCUCGUGCCGCCGCUGCAGCUACGUGGCCAACUCGGAAAAGGCCGCCAGCCUGCCCUCGCCGGCGCGCAUGCCGUCGCUGGCGCACGAGGUCCGCGUGCUCCUCUUUGGCACCAGGGCCGUCGAGGCGCACUCGCAGGUCCUGGUCGCCAUGCUCGUCUCCGCCUCGCGCCAGCUCAACGAAGUCAAGCUCGCCAAGCACGUCGCCGCGCUACAGAAGCAGAGGGGCGAUGGCGGCGACGGCGGCGACCGGCUCGAGCUGCUCUACGACUCGCAGCGAGAGGCGACAGCGACGACCACGUGGGACUGGAAGGAGCGGCCCGAAGGUCCGCUUGUCCGGUUUGACAAGAUCGAGGUGCUGUCCGACUUUGAGUGCGUGGGCAUGGAGCCGGACCAGGUGCAAGAGGCGCUCGUCUCGAGCCUGCUCUCGUUUGCCUCUCCGGCGUCGUCGAGCAGCAACAACGACGAGGCCGGAUCGACAACAACUGCAGACCUCUCGGCCCUUUUCCCGCACCAGUUCCCACCAGCACAGCCGACGGCGCCACCGACGAUCAUGGUCGAUCUGCGCGUGGCCGAGGAGGGGGAUACGUGUCCGAGCUGCCGCCACCCGGACACGCUGCGGACGACGAAAGCCAUCGAGGUGGGGCACACGUUCCUGCUCGGCACCAAGUACUCGCAGGCGCUCCAGGUCGGCUUCACGCCCAAGUCGACGCCGCCCAACAACGACGCCGCCGGUGGGGGGGUGGAGUUGCUCAAGGACGGGAGACGACGGGCGUUCCAGAUGGGGUGUUACGGUAUCGGCGUCUCGCGCAUCUUCGGAGCGCUGGCGCAGCGCGCCAAGGCAUCUGGCAAGAGGACGCGAGCCGGGUUCGUAUGGCCCCGCUCGGUGUGUCCGUACACGGCGGCGGUGCUGAUAUCCGACAAGAAGGGAGGAAAGGAGGAAAUGGCGGUCCGGCUCUGUCGCGCCGUCAUCAGCCGGGCGAGGGAGUGGGAUGUCGAUGUCGAGGAGACGGUACGACGUCUUGUCGAUCCCGCAUCCUCCUCGUCGUCUGGUGAAGCAACGACGCAGGUCGACACCGCCUCGUCUUGGUCAUCCACAGCGGCAAGGUCGGAAGGGAGGUGGUCCGACGACGUCGAGGGAGCGGGUGGCGAUGCGGCAGAGGAGAUAGUGCUGGAUGAUCGGCCAUCGACGUUGGGCAGCAAGAUGGCGGAUGCGGAUCUGGUCGGAUACCGCGUUCGUAUCGUCGUGGGCCAACACUGGGUCCGGACGCGCCAGGUUGAGGUCCAACUCCUCCCGCGCGACUGCGACCACGACCUCGGCGAGGAAGAGGCAAAGGGAUGGACGACGUUCAAGGUCGACGAGGAGCGCUUUUUCCGUCUUCCCUAG